AUGACCAAGAAGCCAACAGAGGAUGACAAGACCAGCAGUAAAGAGCAAGUGACAAUUGAAGCAAAGAACCACGAGAAGCUCAAGGAGAAAGAGGAACAACCACAAGCUUCAAGGAAGGAAAAUGGAGUCAAGGAGGAACAGUCACAAGAACAGAAGACAAUGGUGAAGACUCACAUCCCUCCUUUGCCAUAUCCUCAAAGGUUCAAUAGAGAGCUUAAAGACCAACAGUUCCACAAUGCUGUCAUCCAAAGAGGUCUUCCACCAAAGCUCAAAGAUCCAGGGAGCUUCAUCCUAUCUUGCACUAUAGGCAACAGAACAUUGAACAAAGCCCUCUGUGAUCUAGGAGCCAACAUCAACUUGAUGCCUCUCUCAUUAAUGAAGCAGCUUGCAAUAGAGGAACUCAGGCCAACCAGAAUGUCACUUCAAAUGGCUGACAGAUCGCUCAAAAUACCUAAUGGAGUUGUGGAGAAUUUGUUAGUGAAAGUAGAAGAAUUUAUAUUUCCUGUUGAUUUUGUCAUUUUGGACAUGGAGGAAGAAGGACACAACUCAAUCAUCCUAGGGAGGCCCUUUCUAGCCACAGCAAGGGCUAUAAUUGAUGUAGAGAAAGGAGAAAUGACACUCAGGGUGCAUGAUGAAAAGAUGAUCAUCAAUGUCUUUAAAACCAUGCAAUAUCCCCCUGAGAAAGAAGAGCAUAUGAGAGUAGAAAUGGUGGAAUAA